UCACCAACAAAAGAUAUAUUUCUUCUAUAUAUCCAACCUUCAAACCAGAGAAACACUUAACCAUUAACCAGCCAUAAAGCAAAUGCAGACCCUUUCGAGAAUUGGUUUCUUAACUAACAAUACCCACUAUUUUCACUUUCCAAGACUCCCUCCAAUCUCUCACUCCCAGAACCAACUUUCCAAGAAAUCUUCCACGUUCUUUGCAUUAAGAACAAGCGCUCGUCCAGUUAGUGAAGUUGCAGAAGAUGAAGUUUUGCAAAUGUUCCUCAAGGAAAGAGAGUUGAAUGGAGAUUUUAUUUCCAAAGCUUCUGAUUUACUUUGGCAAAGAGAGGUUGCCAAAUUUGUUGAUGCUGAUACUGUGUAUGUGGCUAACUCCCCUCAGCAAUCAGACCAGGUCAUGGAAAGUGAUAAUGAUGAUGGGUUUUUGAAACUGUCAAAAACCCGUGAAUGGCUAUUAGGUGACAACUCUGCUCCAAUUAAUAAGAAACCCAGUGCUAAGGCUUUGCAGGAUGACAGUGAAAGAAGGAAGAAACUGAACCUUCUUGAAUAUGGAGCUCUCAAAAGGGAACUUAUGCUUUUGUCAGUUAGCAUUGGAACUGCAUGUAGUGGGUAUUGUGUGUUAGCUUUAUCAGUUCAGGUAAAUUUUUCACAGCAAAUCUAAGCACCAUGCAGUUGCUUAUACCUUCAGCUCUUAUACCAACAUGCAGACAGUCUGUCUAAGGAAAUGGUUCCUCAGAUUUUCAUGCAAAAGAAGUCCAAGAAAAUUGGAAUACGAAGUGAGGACCUUCAGAACUUCUUAGAAAGAACAAUUAAGGGAAGUGGUGUUGCUCUUUCAUCACCAAGGCUUGUGAUCCCAGCUACAAUAUAUGGGUUGUGGGUUCUGUCUCAUCGGUAUUUUGCAAAUGACUUUUUUGAUUUCCAGCUUGUUCCAGCCAUGGUCGGGAUGUUUGUGUAUAAGGCAGCUGCUCUUGUUCAAGUUUACAGAGACAAUGAAGACUUGCAAUUUAUCUUUCCAGAAAAUGAAGGAGGCUCAAGAGACUGAAAUUUUUCAUGU